AUGAGCGCAAAGAUAUCUCUGGCUGGCCGUGGAGCGGCGCAGUCGCCGGUGAACCAUCGUGGCAAAGCAUCGUUGGGCCUGUUGCUCGCCGGGACGUCUGUGAAGAGACCGUCGUCGAUGACCGUAGAGGUGACUGGCACCGAGGAAAGAGCCGUCAAACGAGCCGCUGUCCCAGAACUGGAAGCAUCGUCCAGCUCGUCGUCACGUCCGAACACUUUGUUAGAGCGAGAGAGCAGCAUGCCAGCCUUGACGCGCGCCUGCACUACUGCCACGCUGCCCAGGAUCAAGAGAUUCAAGUUCGCGUCGAUCGCGACAUCGGGCUCGCGUCUCGAUAUAACCGCGACUGACGUCAACAAGCCCGCUCACCAGCUCCAACAACAACAGUAUCAUCAUCAUCAUCAUCAUCAACAGCAGCACCAGCAGCAGCAGCAAUCGUCCUCAUCAAUGUCUACUCUGGUGUGCUGUGAGCCGGUCUCGGCCGCGCGUUCCCGGGACAAUCUCAAGCUGGUAUUGAAUCGUAGCCUGAGCGAGCCAGGUCCGCCAGCCAGCGCGUCCACCUUUCUGUCCUCGCCGACGUCCACCGUCUCGCCUAGCUCCUCGACUAGCAGCGGCGUCGAUAGCUGUUUAGCAAGCGACGGUACCGAGUGCAGCUUGAACGCAAGCGGGACAAGCAUCAGUGGAUGCAGCAGCUCUAGCAGCGGUACCGACUGCGAGCUACCUCUCUCCGACGUUCAUCGACACUACCAUCAUCUGCAUCAUCAUCACCAUUUCCAUCAGCAUCAGUUGUCCGCUUCGAAACGUUGCAAACUGGAGACUGUCAGCCUGCCAGCUAGCCCUUGCUCCGAGAACAACACGCUGCAGAAGCAGCUGGUACUUCAGAGAACGAAAACCAUCACCGCUGACGAGUUGGCCGAUCGUCUACUAGGACGUGAUCAUCCGAGCGGUGGUCCGGUGUUGUUGGACUGUCGUCCGUUUAUCUUGUACAACGUGAAUCAUGUGAGAGGAGCAAUCAACGUGAACUGUUCGGAUCGGUUCAAUCGAAGGAGGCUGCAAUUGGGCAAAGCUAGCCUGGCCGAUCUGGCUACGACCAGAGAGGGCAAGGAGCUGUUGCGCAGAAGACACUACAGAGAGGUGGUUGUCUACGAUGAUUGCACCGACGACGUCGAUCGACUACCUGUGCAGCAUCCUUUGUACCUUGUGCUGGUCGCGCUGUUGGAGGAUAACAGGGAGCCCGCUCUUCUUUUGGGUGGACACAAGGAGUUCCACAGGCGGCACAGAGACCUCUGCGAGGACACGCUACUACCAACAGUCGCAGCCGGUUCGUCAACGGUCGGCAGUUGUGCCAGUCCGGGACCAGGCUGUCCGGUAUUGAGCCUUUCUGGACCACCAACUCCCCAACCCGCGGAUAUCGAUAGUCAUCCUGCAUCUCGGGUUCUACCGUUCUUGUACCUCGGUAACGGCAGAGACGCGGCCGAUUUGCAACUUCUUCGCGCGCUAGGCGCCACCAGGGUCCUAAACGUCACGUCACAGUUGCCUGGCUAUCACGAGGAGAGGGGUAUCACCUACAGGCAAAUCCCUGCCUCGGAUUCCGGCCAUCAGAACCUUAAACAGUACUUCGAGGAGGCCUUCGACUUUAUCGAGGAAGCCCGGAAGGCCGGAAGCAGCGUGCUGGUGCACUGUCAGGCGGGAGUGUCGCGCAGCGCGACGAUCGCGAUCGCGUACAUAAUGCGGCACAAAGGUCUGUCCAUGGUGGACGCGUACAAGCUUGUGAAGAACGCGCGGCCGAUCAUCAGUCCGAACCUGAACUUCAUGGGACAACUAUUAGAGCUCGAACAAGGCUUGAGGGCGUCUGGCGGUGUUUCGUCCGCGCCCGAGGAACCUAAAGGCUGCCAUCAGUGUCGCUGGUCUCAUCAGCAGAACAGCGAAGAGGUGACUUCCGGUUGCAGCGUCUGAGUCAAGCGAAAUCACCUAGACGCGGACCAUCAACCCAGGGUUCCUCAUCUUUUCCUCUUCUACGUACGCGCGACACCGCGGUGUUUGGUUGCGUUGUCUCCAGCGAAAAGAACAAAGAAAAACGGACCAGAAGAGACGAAAAGAAGAAAGAAACAAAAGAGAGAUAAAUAAUCGCGAAGAAGCCAACGCGCGCGGCGUUUACGCGAGGCCGUCUCGAGGAACAUGUCUCGCGUCCCUGGACAUGGUCGAAGGACACACACAGACUAACACACUUUACACAUAUCCUAUACACGUAUAUCCGUUGAGAAACGAAUCGAACUCGCGUUUGUUGGUUCUUCCUAUAUUUCGCGAGAAAAAAGAAGAUAAGUAAUUAGCGAAGAACUUCUCGGAUCUACAACUUUGCUUAACACGUGCCUUGGCGAUCGGCCCCAGCAAAACGGGAAAAGGCUGAUUUACAGAGAGACACUUUAUUUCUAUUACCGGAUAACUUAUUCAGUGAGGAGAGAGAGAGAGAGAGAGGAUGUUGAUGAAGAGCGAACGAGAGCGAGAGAAAGUGUGAGAGAGAACGCGUCGUUGACCUGUGGAAACGAUGGAAGUUUGCUAACUGUUGCUGCGACUGCACACGACGAGGCGUCCUCCAUUUUGGAACCUCGUGGGUCCAAACUGUACGAUGGCGGGUCGAGCACGUGCACGACAGACACGCGUAAAACUCGAGACAGCAUUUUGUUCUUCUCUGCCUUCGCCGUUCGUCGACGACGCGGUCUACCACCGCGUUACGAAUUAUUUAUGUGUGCAAGGAAAGAGAGAGAGAGAGAGAGAGAGAGAGAGAGAGAGGAAAAAAGAAAAUUGUAAAAGAGGGACGUUCACGCGGCGUUGGUUACGGAAGCUUCGUGCAAUCGCGUCGGUUCGAGGAAAGAGAGAGGGUGGUGUACUUACGCGACAGUGUUCCGUAGUUCUAUUGGUACAAAAUAUAUGUGUAUAAUAUAAUACGUUUGUAAGAAGAGAACCGUGCAUUCGUCGCACGGGGAGAAAUCGUCAAUUUUCUUCUUGUUCUUUUCUUUUUUUUUUUUUCUUCUCUUCGUUUUUCGUUUAUAUUUUUUCGCGUGUAGUAGUCGGUU